GAAAAUGGCAGUGCUGGGCCCUGGGGAGCGCUGGACUGAAGCAUUAAUUGAUGAACUCAGAAGAAAUCCAUAUACGUCAGCAGAAACAAGAGAGGACUUUGACUGUUGUUGCUGUAGUGACUGUCUGAGGAUGAAGGACGAUGUGUGCGACUGUGGGAGGAGUCAGUCACUUUCUGGAGAAGGAAGCAUGACCUACACAAAAGAGCAACUGCUUGGGGUGCAAAAAAUAAAGAGGUGUAAGAAUUAUUAUGAAAUUCUAGGCGUUGAGAGAGAUGCCACAGACGAGGAACUGAAGAAAGCGUACCGAAAAUUAGCUCUUAAAUUUCACCCUGACAAGAAUUGUGCUCCAGGAGCAACAGAAGCAUUUAAAGCAAUAGGCACAGCUUUUGCGGUUCUGAGCAACCCUGAAAAAAGAUUACAGUACGAUCGGUUUGGGGAUGAACAUGAACCCUUGUAUGGGAAUGAACACGGGCCUUCGUAUAGCAACCUGCACAAGCACUACAACUAUUACAGGGAGUUUGAAACAGACAUCACACCGGAAGAAAUAUUUAAUAUGUUCUUUGGCGGCAACUUCCCAACAGGAAAUGUGCACAUGUUUACAAAUGUGUCAGCAGAUCCUCCCUGUUAUCAAUCUCGGACAAGAAAUGAGAGGACAUGGACACACGAGGAAGAGGAGGAAGAAAACCGGCCACAGAAUACAUAUUCGGCAUUCAUUCAGUUACUGCCAGUAUUUAUUAUAAUCAUUGUGUCAAUAGUAACUCAACUGAUGGCUACUAAUCCGCCCUACAGUCUUUUCUUCAAAUCGAAUCUAGGACACACUGUUGUUAGAGAAACACAGAAUCUACAGGUGCCUUACUAUGUUGACAAAAACUUUGAAAAUAACUAUAAAGGUGAAGAUCUCGAAGAGCUUGAAAAACACAUUGAAAAAGAAUAUAUUGACUAUGUCCAGACAAGCUGCAGGAAAGAGAAACAGCAAAAAUCUGAGUUGUCUAAUUUAGCAAAGUUAUACCGAGAUGAGCGACUGAAACAAAAGGCAGAAUCCAUAAAACUUGAAAACUGUGAAAAGCUCUCCAAUAUCAUAGAACUACAAAGGAGUCGCUGACGAACAAGAGAACGGCAGCUCUGCCAAGUCAUGGAUGCUGUCUAUGGAAAGUUUCAGCUUGGUUCUUUUCUUGUUUGUUUGUUUCCUUUUUGUAACCAAGGAGGAGGAAAGCAUAAUAUCAGGACUUAGCACUUGAUACCUUUACCACGUACGCAGAACUGUGUGAACUGUGCCAUAUAGGCAACGAUUGCUGAAAUAUAUACAGGAGGUUUGGUUCCGAGGGAAACUGAAUUACAUUUAGCAGCAAUCGUCGUUUGAUCAUUUCAGCCAUUCAGCUACUGACCAGGUACUUCCCAGGAGCAAUGGCCACUGUGCUUGCUGUUUUUGCCACUCCAUACUAGAUCAGUAAC